UCCGACUAGGCCUCCGAAAGGCGGCGGGUCGGUGUUGCCGGGCGCGGCUCCGCCCGGUUGCAAAGAGGGAAGCGAGCCCGGGCCGAGGCGGCCGGUGGGAGGGGUUUUGCGAAGGCCGGUGGCGGCUUUGCUCGGCAAAAACCCCGACCGCGAGCCGGCCGGAUGAGUUAGAUGGGGAGGCGCCUAGAAGCGGCGACAUGUCUCUUGAUUUGGAAGACAGAGAAGAUGACCUCCAGGCCAGCACAAGCUCUUUGUACAAGUCAAAGAACCCCACAAUCCAAGAAGAAAAAGCACUCCUUGAGGAAUCGGGGGCAAACCAGUAUGUCUUCGGAAAGCCCAAAGACCAUUGGAAUGCCACCUAUAUUAUUUUCUUCCUCCUUGGGACCAACUCUCUCUUGCCCUUAAACUUUAUCAUCACUGCAAAACACUACUGGAUGUACAAGCUUCAGAACUGCUCAGAAGACAUUUCCCCCGAAGAGCAGGGAUCCUCAGAUAUCCGUAAUUUCUUUGAAAGCUACAUUUCUGUGGCUUCCACUGUGCCUUCGGUCCUGAGCUUGAUUGGGAACUUCCUGCUAGUCAACAAGGUUUCUGUCAACGUCCGUAUUCUCUCCUCCUUGGCUGUUAUGCUGGUUGUUUUUCUGGUGAUUACAGUUCUGGUCAAAGUGGACACUUCAACUUGGACACUGUGGUUUUUUAUCAUCACCAUUGUUUGCGUGGCCGUCAUCAGCAGUGCUGCCACCAUCUUCAUCAGUAGUCUUUUUGGCUUGUCGGGAUCCUUUCCCAUGAGGAAUUCCCAGGCACUGAUUUCAGGUCAGGCCAUGGGAGGAACGGUGAGUGCCCUGGCAUCGGUGGUGGAUCUGGCAGCAUCAUCGGAAGUCACAAACAGUGCUCUGGCCUACUUCCUGAUAGGGGACAUCUUCAUUGUUUUGUGCAUUAUGAUGUAUCUGAUUCUUCCCAAGCUGGAGUAUGCCAGGUAUUAUACCGCAACGCUGUCAUCCAAUGCUUUGCCCGGCAGUUACUUGGAAGAAGAGGAUAUGGCAGCAGAUAAUCCCAGCCAGCUCUUGCCAAACAGAAACUAUACGGAUAAAAUCCCUCCGCUGUGGCUCAUCUUGAAGAAGAUCGGCAUGUUAGGUUUCUGUGUCUUCUAUGUCUACUUCAUCUCCAUCACCAUUUUCCCUGCAGUCUCGUCCAGCAUCGAGUCUGUGAACAAAUUCUCAGGGAGCCCGUGGACAGAUAAAUACUUCACACCUCUCACUAGCUUCCUUCUGUAUAAUUUUGCUGACUGGUGUGGACGGCAGAUCACCGCGUGGGUCCAGGUUCCUGGACCACGAAGCAAGUGGCUACCGAUCAUGACUCUGCUGAGAACUUUGUUCAUCCCCGUCUUCAUGUUAUGCAACUUUCAGCCUCGAGUGCACAUUGCAAAUGUCGUCUUUGCCCAUGAUGUGUAUCCGAUGGUGUUUAUUGUGUCCCUAGGACUCAGCAAUGGCUACCUGAGUACAUUAUCGAUUAUAUAUGGUCCCAAAGUCACUCCGAAGGAACUGUCGGAGGCAGCUGGAGUGUUGAUGAUGCUCUUCCUGCAGGCGGGGUUAGCACUAGGAUCAGGCUUUUCGGUUCUUGUUGUUCAUCUCAUCUAGAUGGGAGAUUUCAAGCCAACUUCACUUCCGCAAGGACAUUGUGAAAAAAGGCAGAGCAAAACACGGGCCUAUCACUGGGGUAUUCCAUUUCUUAGGAAGUGGCGUAGGCAUUCUGGGCUUUGGUUGAGCAGAAAAAGCUUGGAAAACACACCACAAAAUGCAGAAGUGAAAUUCAAAAGUAUUAUCGAAGAUCUCACUCCUUUUUCUUUUCUUUUUUUGGCAAAUGGGGUCUUAUUUUAUGUAGCAAUACGACUCCUGUAUCUUCACAGGUUUAUAACAUGGAAACUCUUGUGUUUUUCCAUGGAUAUGAAGGAACUGCAUUCUAGAUUCCAGUGUUCUUACUUAAAAUCCAUCCUUUAAAUUACUCAAAAUAAUUAAAAGUCCAUUUGGAGACUUCUGCAAAGGGAUCAAUAACUCAGUGUACAUUUUACAUGACCUUUCUUAAGAGAAAUAUGCCUGUAAUCCAGUGUCUGUUAAACAUUUUAAAUAUAUAACAAAUGCAGGUCAAAUAAGAGGGAUUCCCAAAAGCUUUUCAUAUGAAGAGUAGCUGAGAAACAAUUUUAGUUGAGGAACAGGUACCCUUAACCAAUAAAUCUCUGGUGCAUAUUUUUCAAGGGUAUAUUACAAGCGUGAGUGCCAAAUGAAGGUAAACAGAGAUGAAAAUGGGACCAACCAGGAUUUUUCAUUCAUUCUCCUCUUAUAGCUAUGUAGCCUGGAUGAAAUUGGUAGGAGUUGCAGUAUAUGCAAUACACACACACACACACACACACACACACACACACAUACACAUAUCAGUAGUGGGUUUCAAUUUCAUUUGCUACUGAUUUGCUUGUGUGCGCGUGCGCAACGCUUCUGUACAUGCACAAAGAUGUCUAGGGUGGGCGGAGCCUCCCACCGCUGUUGCUACUGGUUCCCUCGAUCUGGGGUGAACUGGUAGCAACCCAUCACUGAUUUAUACACGCAUACAUACAUACAUACAUACAUACAUACAUACUAAGUGUUUUACCGAGACACCUGGUCUAAUCUUUCCCCUGGCUCAGGCUGAUGAAGGGAGAAGAACUUGUGGCUCAGUGGUUAAUACAACUGCCUAACAUGCAGGCAGCCCAGGUUCGAAUCCAAGUAAGGGUAAGGCUGGCUGAUGAGAGCUAAGAAGCUUGAAAUAGAUCUAUACCAGUCUCCCUUUAUUUCUUUAUCAGUAAAAUAUAUUUGAUACAUACAUAUAUACAUACAUGUAAAUAUAUCACAAAUCAACUUAUUCUGGAUUCACAAAGGCUUUUGAACUUCUUUGGAAAAUCAUGGGUCCCUGCAGCCCAAUGCUUGGCCUGCAGCCAUUGAACCAAAACAUUAGCAUGUUGUCAAAGUGUUAGGAACUCAUUCUUUAAUGUCAGUAGUUGUUAGAUUCAUUUCUAUUUUGCAAUCUGGCUGUUGUGAAUCUUCACUAUUCAGAAAAGAGGACCAGAUAUUUAUAAACAAUGUGACUUAAAUUAAGGCAUUGGAUAGUAGAUUUGAUACUUUGCUAUUAGUUUUUACUUAUUUAGGGCUAAAAAUAAUUGUUAUUUUUACAUUAAUGUGUAAUCCUUUUCAGAACUUGAGUAGGGUAACCAGUUCUGAAUUGCGAACAUCUGAAUGACCAUUGGAUAACAGCAAAGCAUUAGUGUUUUCUAUGUCUCUUUGCUGCCAUCUCAUGGUCAUUCAGGGGUUUGCAGACCAGUUGGGAGUAAUGCUAACUUAAGUUCCUUUGAUGGCAAAUAUUUCAUUUUUAUAUCAUUGAAGAAGCAUUAAGCAAUAAAAGCACUUUCUUUGGGUUUCACUACAUACACUUUUUCACCCAUUGUAAUUUCUGACAAAUAUUACAUUUGUGUAUAGAGGAAAAGUCACUUUAUAUAAUGGCCAGUGUCUUUGGAGAUUCUCAGUCAUCUAGGUCCCGGUUGUCCCAAAGGUGAUUUUUCAAAAGGCAACUGGACUUUCUUUGUUUUUGCUUAAAGAUGUUUCACUUCUCAUCCAAGAAGCUUCUUCAGUUCUGGCUGAACUGAAGAAGAAUAAGAAACGAAACAACUUCAAGCAAAAAACAAAGAAAAUCCGGUUGCGAUUUGAAAAGCACCAUUGGUACUAUAAUGGCCAGUGUAAUAAAUCUAGAAAACAUCUAUUAGCCUGGAAAUAGAGAGAGAAAUGAUUGUGCUGAUCAGAUUUGAUGAUAUAUGCAGGCAAUAUCCUUGUAUGAAAUCUACUUGUGUGAAAUAAGUGGAAGAUUGAGGAAAGUGUGAAGCAUCAUUUUUAAUAUACCAUAUUUUUCAGAGUAUAAGAUGCACCUUUUUCCCUCUAAAAGAGGCUGAAAAUUUGAGUGCGUCUUAUACUCUGAAUGUAGCUUUUUCGAAGCUUUUUUUCAGCCCUAACGCGCUAACGAGGCGUUAGGGAGCGGAACCCGUGCUUUAACGAGGCGCUAGUGAGUGAAGCGAUCUCCAUGCUUUGCUCCAACACUCAGCUGUUCUUUAGAAGCUUUUUUUCAGCCCUAACUAGGCGUUAGCCAAGUGAAGCGAUCUCCCCGUGCUUUGCCUGCUUUUCUCAUUGCUUCUCUCUCCAAAGAUCAGUUGUGUUUUAGAAGGUGUUUUUUAUCCCCUGCUUGAUAAAAACCAGCAAACUAAUGUGCUGAAGCUGACCAGACUAAGGACGCUAGCCAGAUGAAUACCUGGUAGGCAGAUUUUUUUUUCCUAUUUUCCUCCCCAAAAACUAAGCUGCGUCUUAUACUCUGGUGCAUCUUAUACUCCGAAAAAUACGGUAGGCCAGUAGUCGUGAACUAUAAUUUCUCUCCCAUUUUCUUCCUGAAACUUGUCUGCCGAGACUUUCAACCAUGCAAAUUUUACACAAAUGCAUCCAACUUCUAAAAGAACAAUAUAGUUUCAGUGGCAUCCUGCCACAACCUCGUCCAGACUUUGCACAGCCAAGAUAUUUCCAGAUAUGCGAAGUUUGCAAAUGCAUUACUUGCAGCUUGCAUAAUUUCCCAUAAGGUCAGUAGCCUGGUACACCUGGAGGACAAUGCGUUGUGGAAAGCUGAUGUAAAUGAUGCUUUGUGUAAGAUUCUAUUGUCUAGCUUGUUUGUAAAUGCACUCAUCUCUUUUCAAUUUUAGAGCUUGCAUUGGAAAUGCAUUUCUACCCCAUUGGUCAAGAUUUAAUCUUUGGGGGGAAAAAUGGUUAAUUCCAAAACACGGUACAAUAUAAUGUAAAUCUGGGAACUGGUGUGUGUGUUAUAAUAUAACAAGUAUUGAAAAGAUUUUAAA